GGUUGCCAAGGGGAGGGUCUCUGUUGCUACGUGUGGGGCCUCGUUGCCGGGGCGCUGGACCGUGUUGCUAGGGAUGAGUUGUGUUGCUAGGGGCGGGGUCUGGUUGCUAGGGACCUGAUCGGGUUGUUAGGGACGGGGUUUGUGGUUAGGAAGCAGUCAGAGCUUGCUAGGGGCGUGGCCUGUUGCCAGGGAGUGCAUUACUAGGAACGCGAUUGGCUGCUGAGAGAGCUCGUUGUCAGGGACGGGCCCUGUCGCCAUGGCAACCAGGUGUCGCAGGCGCCGCGCGGGGUGUUGUGGGUCGGUGGAGGCCCGACCCCGGCCCACAAUGCCCCGCGCCGGCCGAGUGCUGCCGGUAUGGAGCAGUACAUCGUGCUGGGCCGCAUCGGGGAGGGCGCGCACGGCGUCGUGUUCAAGGCCAAACACCGGGAGACCGGGGAGCUGGUGGCCCUUAAGAAGGUGCCCCUGCGGCGCCCCGAGGACGGGCUGCCCCCCCAGACCUUGCGCGAGAUCAAGGCCCUGCGGGAGAUCGAGGCCCAUCCUCAUGUGAUCCGGCUCCGGGCCGCCUUUGCCCAGGGCCCUGCGGUGGUUCUGGCUCUGGAGCUGCUCGUGGGGGACCUGGGGGGGCUCCUGCGUGCGGCCCCCGCCCCGCUGCCUCCCCCCCGUGUGCGGGCCCUGCUCGCCAUGACCCUGCGGGGGCUGGGCCACGUGCACGGCCACCGCCUGCUGCACCGGGACCUCAAACCGGCCAAUCUGCUGCUGGACAGCGCUGGGCACCUCAAGCUGGCGGAUUUUGGGCUGGCACGGGUGCUGGGCCCCUCCCCAGGGCGCCCCUACAGCCACCAAGUGGCCACCAGGUGGUACCGAGCCCCCGAGCUGCUCUACGGCGCCCGACACUACGACGAGGGUGUGGAUUUGUGGGCCGUGGGCUGCAUUUUCGGGGAGCUGCUGACGCUGUCCCCGCUGUUCCCUGGGGAGAACGACAUUGAACAGCUCUGCUGUGUGCUCAGGGGCCUUGGCACGCCCAGCCCACGGGACUGGCCGGAGCUGGCAGAGCUGCCGGACUUCCCGAAGCUGCGGUUCCAGCCGCAGGCGCCGCCGCCGCUGGAGCUGCUGGUGCCGGGCGCUGACGCGGCCGCGCUGGACCUGCUGAGGCGGCUGCUGCGGUACCGGGCCCGGCUGCGGCCACGGGCACACCAGGCCCUGCUGCACCCCUUCUUCUUCGGCCCCCAGGAGCUGACCCCGCCCCCGCCACCGGGGGGGCCCCGGCAGCCCCCCGACUUCAACCUGGACACAGCACUGGAGCUGCCUCCCCGCGCCGCCCUGAGACCCCUCCCCAACCUGGGGGACCCCCCAAGGGACUCCCACUGCCCCCCCACGGGGCCCUGAGACCCCUGCCCAAUUUGGGGGAUGCCCUGGGAGACCCUCACUGAUCCCCCAGGGGCCCUGGGACCCCACCCCACCAUGAGGGACCCCCACUGACUUCCCUAACUGGGGCACCCUGUGAUGGACUCCCCUGACCCCCCCAUAGGGCCAUGGGACCCCUCCCCAAACUUGGGGACCCCCUGAGAGACCCCCAUUCCCCCCCCCCAUGCUGGGGGACCCCCAUCGAUCCACCCAUCCCAAUUUUGGGGACCCCUGAUGAGCCCCUCGGGGCUCUGGGACCCCUCCCCACCCAGGGGCCCUACUGACCCCCCCAGGGGUGCUGCUGGGCCCUCCGAAUUUUAGGGGAGGGCACCCAGACCCCCGGAUUUGGAGGGACCCCAGACCCCUGGGCCCCUGCAGCCCCCCAGAGCACCAAACCAGUGGAUGGAGCAGCAAAAACGGGGAAAAUUCAACCCAAAACUGUCGGAUUUGGGGCCGAAAAUGUCGGAUUUGGGGCCAGAAAUGCGGCGAGGGAUGACAAAGGCAUGGAUUGGACCCAAAACCACUGGAUUUGAGCCCAAAUCACAGGCACCCUUGUCCCCCCAGAGCUGCGUUUUGGGGCCCCCCAUGGAGUUCGUGGCAUUGGGGGGGCCAGAGGGGCCCCCACCGUUCCCCGACGAGGCCGGAGCAUUCCUGGGGCUGGGGGGCCCUGAUGGGCUGGAGCCGG